AUGUUGCAGCAAAUUAUCGUAGGGCGGUUGAAAACUCCGAGUCGAAUCGUAUUACUUCUGAUUGGUUACGCUGCCGCUAUCUCUGAAGACGUUGAAUUUGCAGUUAGUUCUACCUUGAACCGAGGUCAGCCGACGGUAGAGCAUAUCCUCUGGUAUGAUGAGUGGCGCCGCGUCGUUCUCGUAACCUUUGCAGUUAAGAUGGGUCAAGCGUAUGCCAGGUCAAUAGAGUUGGAGCAAUACAAGUUGUUCUUUAGCGUGGCCACAUCCAAUCAACAUCACUAG